AUGGAAGUUUGCAAUAUGGUAGGGUGGAAUGUGAGGGGUAUGAAUAAAAAAGAAAUGCAAAAAGCUAUUCUUGAUGUUUGUAAGGAGAAUAAGGUUGGUUUUGGAGCUCUUUUUGAGACUAAGGUGAAACAUGAGAAGAUACAAGAGGUCUUUGAGAAUAAUUUCCAUAAUUGGGAAUAUUUUUCUAGUUCUAUCACCUCUGAUAGGAUUUUGGUUAUUUGGCAAGCUAAGUUUGCGAAGGUCAAAAUUUUGCUCGAGGAUCCUCAACUAGUUCACUGCAAGAUAAAAGUGUGGUCAACAGGAGGUUUUCUUUGCCACGGUGGUUUAUGGAACUUCCAGGAUAGGAAUGGUGGGAGACAAAUCUUAGCUAAAGAUACUACUGAUGCUCAAAACUGGAUGGCUUUCGGCCAAGUGGAUGAAUUCAAGUGCUCUGGAGCGCACUUUACUUGGUCUAACAAGCAUGAUGUAGGAGACCGGAUUUUUUCCAAGCUAGAUCGAGUUUUUACUAAUGACUAUUGGCUGGACACUUUCCCAAAAUCAGAAGCUUGCUUCAAAUGGGACUAUGUUUCAGACCAUAGCUACUGUGUGAUUAAAAGCCAGGAGUUGAACAAGGUGGGGUUCAAACCCUUUAGAUAUUGUAAUCACUGGUUGCUUCAUCGUAGUUACAAAGAGUCUGUUUUGAACAGUUGGAGUUCUACUUCAGGUUCGGGAGGAGGCUUAAACAAGAUUCUGCAGAAACUCCUUCGGGUUAAACAUGUAUUGAAAAGAUUUAACAGGGAAGUGGUUGGUGAUGUAGUCUUGGAUUACAAGUUGGCAAAGGAGGAAUUCAGUAAAGCUCAGGAGGACUUGGCUUCUAACCCCUCUGACUAUACUCUUCAUCAAGCUGUUAUUCAAAAUCAGCAGAAAUUUUCUGAUAUGCUGAACCGGUACUCUAGUUUUCUCAAGCAGCAAAGUAAAGUUAAUUAG